AUGGUUUCUGUUUAUCUCUUCGUUCCGAACCUUAUCGGCUACACUAGAGUGGCCCUAAUGCUCAUCAGCUUCUAUGUGGCAUUCGAUAACUGGAAGGCGUUCGUUUUCUGCUACUUCUGGUCGCAGAUGUUGGACGCUUUCGAUGGUGCUGCUGCCAGACGGUUCAACGAGUGCAGCAUGUUCGGAGCUGUACUAGACAUGGUAACUGAUAGGAUUUCCUCCAACAUCCUGGCGCUCAUUCUGAGUCACUUCUACCCGGCUCUAUACCUUCCCCUGGUCAUGUUCGCCGUUGUCGAUUAUGCUUCUCAUUGGACUCAGAUGUACUCUAGCGUGCUCGCUAAGAAUG